GAAAAGAGAGCAUCGUUUGUGGCUCCCUGUGAAACUACAUUGUAAUCGUAUCGUUUCGAGCGGUUGUUCCAACUAUAGUCGUGUUGUUCUUAAAAGAAGAGAGUCACAAUUGUUGAUAAUCCGAGAAAUAAGCAGAGCAGAACCAGAAAAAUGAGUUGCAGAAAAGCUCCCGCGAAGAAGUCGACCAGGAAACCGACCUCUUGUCGUAAGGGUGGCUGUUACCAAUCGGAGAGCAGCGACAGCUCGUCCUCGUGCACUUCGGACUCAUUCUCGGACUCUGAUAGCACGGAUUGCUCCGACAGCGACUACUGGGAUUGUGGAAACGCUUCUCGACGAAGGAAAGCCAACCCCAAGAAGAAAGGACGAUGCUCGCGACCGUUGAAGUCGAAGACAACAAAGACGAGCAAACCGUCGUGUGGCCCAAAGACCGCUAAAAAGAAGACGUCUCGUCGUAUCAAAGAAUACUCGUCGUCGUGCGACUGCUCCACAUGCGACUGCGACUCGUCGGAUUCGUACAGCAGCGACGACGACCGAUGCGGUGGCUGCAAACCCUUGCGCCGCAAGACGAAGUCCUAAUUAAAUCGACUCACGCUGGUCGUAAAUAUCCUCACUCGUCUAUCCAAUUAUUCCUAAAUUAGGCACUAGUACACUUAUUUAUUUAUUUAUUUAUUACAUUAUUUAUACGGCAAUAACUUAAUUUAUUAUUAUUCACCAGCCUUCAGCGGUUGCAACGUUUUUAUUCCAUAUAACUCGUACGUUUAAAGUAUUUCAUAUUUUUAUAAGGCGAUUCGUAGCGAUAGAAGUAGUUUUAAGCAGCGGCUCCAGACCAAACAAGGCUGGUUUUCAUUUUAAAAAAUUGUAAUGCAUUACGUUGAUAAUAAACGCGCCAAUUAGUGCGAAACACACGAUACUGUAAUACUU